AUGCCAUGGCCAGCAUCUUCCCUGCUGUCUGAUUUUGACGCCGAAAUCGCCGGCCGAGCCCGAGUGCACGUGACUUCCCGUCCGAGAAAAAACAUCAACAACUUUUCGACUUUCGACUUCGACUUCGACUUCAUCUUCUUCUUCCCACGAGACAAGCAAGACAAACAAAGUCGACCGCCACAACUCCUCCCUUCUCACCCGCUGUUUGUUGAGAUCCCUCAUUCAAUUGCAUUCACCAUGUUCGCUGCACGCCGCACCGCCACUCUCUUCCAGAGACGAGCUUUCUCUGCCACUGCCUCCCAGGCCUCCAAGGUCUCCGUCCUCGGUGCUGCCGGUGGCAUUGGCCAGCCGUUGUCCCUGUUGAUGAAGUUGAACCCUCGUGUCUCUCAGCUUGCUCUCUACGACAUCCGCGGUGGACCCGGUGUUGCCGCUGAUUUGAGCCACAUCAACACCAACAGCGUUGUCAGCGGCCAUGAGCCUACCCCAUCCGGCCUCAAGGAUGCUCUCAAGGGAUCUGAAAUUGUCCUCAUCCCCGCUGGUGUUCCCCGCAAGCCAGGAAUGACCCGUGAUGAGAGAGGUUUUGAAGCUGACUUGUCAGACCUUUUCGCUACCAAUGCCUCCAUUGUCCGUGACUUGGCCAAGGCUGCCGCUGAGCACUGCCCCAACGCCAACAUCCUCGUCAUCUCCAACCCCGUCAACUCUACCGUCCCAAUUGUUGCCGAGGUCUUCAAGGCCAAGAACGUCUACAACCCCAAGCGUAUCUUCGGUGUUACCACCCUUGACGUCCUCCGUGCCUCUCGCUUCGUCUCUGAGAUCAAGAACACCGACCCAGCUGAUGAGAAGAUCCCCGUUGUUGGUGGUCACUCCGGUGUCACCAUCAUUCCACUGAUCUCCCAGUCCAACCACCCCGACAUUGCCGGUGAGGCCCUCGACAAGCUCAUCAACCGCAUCCAGUUCGGUGGUGACGAGGUUGUCAAGGCCAAGGCUGGUGCUGGAUCUGCCACUCUCUCCAUGGCCCAGGCCGGUGCCCGUUUCGCCGACAGCCUUCUCAAAGCCACCCAGGGCGAGAAGAACGUCAUCGAGCCCACCUUCGUUGACAGCCCCCUCUACAAGGACCAGGGUAUCGAGUUCGUUGCCUCCAACGUCCGUCUCGGCCCCAACGGUGUUGAGGAGAUCCUCCCCAUCGGCCAGGUCUCUGAGUACGAGCAGAAGCUCCUCGACAACUGCCUUGUUGAGCUCAAGAAGAACAUCCAGAAGGGUACGUUACUUCUCAUGUCCUUUGUUUCCCUUUAUAGACCACGGCUAACUAUAUAUUUUUCUGCAGGUGUCGACUUCGUCAAGGCCAACCCUUAA